UUAAGCGCAGUGCUAAAUAUCGCAUCAGCAUUUGGCUGCCUUUAUACCGGACGCCAGCGCUCGCUUGCGAGCGAAGUCGACGCGCAUCAGGCAUUAUCGCUUUAGCUGCGUAGCCUGCGCGCUAUGUUUGCAUAGCCAGCAUUCCAGCCACGAGCCUCCUACACGCCUGGGUCAGGUCCUUCGCUUUUGCUGUCUCGCAAACGGUUAAGCGAGUGGGCCCGCGGCUGUUGCUAUUGGCCUGGAGCUGCAAACCUGAAUACAGCCUAUGCUCAGUUCCCUGAUGUUUUCAGCGGUCGGGGACGUCGAGGCGCGGACGUAGCCUUCGCCUUUCCCGAUACGCAGUAUCCGACUUUUGCUUCGUGAGCGCGCCGUGCUUCUGCUGCUGUGGUGCAGGAGGCCUCAACAUCGGUAAUAAAAUGAGCAGCGAAAGCGCGUCCGUGAGCGCCGAGGAGGAUGGGACCAGGUCCGACGCCUCCUGCGUACCCAGCACAAGCGGCGACGACUCAGACGCUGGCCCCAUUCACCGCAAGAAAGUCAACAAGUCAGGGCGUCGGCUGGGCAGGGCGCGCAUGCAGAGACGUUUGUGGAACGAGGAGGCACUGGAGCAGCUUGCACGGAUUCACGCAGAGCAUGGUUCCAAAUGGACGCUGCUGGCAAGCCAGUUCCCGGGGCGGUCCGACAGCGAUGUGAAGAACAUCUUCCACUCGGCCAUGAGGAGCAAGAGCUACAAGGGCAGGUGCCUUCUGAGGGCCUACGCACAGGCUGUGGUGGGCCAUGCCGACGACCCAGAUGCGCGCCAGGCCGCCCUCGAGGCGGCAGAGAAGCUCCGAGACGAGGCCAUUGCGGCCGCCGCGGCGGCCGCCGCCGCGGCGGCCGCGACCAAGGCGCAGGCAGCGGCAGACAAUGCUGCUGUCCAGCAGGGAUCCGCCGCCAGGGCGCCCACAGCUGGCAAAGGCGCCCAGAGCGCCGGGGCAGGCGGCAAGUCAGGCGCUGCUGGAACCGCGGCGCGCACCGGCAGCAGCGCUUCGUUGGUUGCAGGCGGUUGCAGGGCCACUGCAGCGGCGCCGCCUGCUGCCGCGACUCCCGACAGCCAACUCGCACAGGGGCUGCUGCCGGGCGCAACAGGUGCGCUGCCGUGGGCCGAGGGGAUUGCCGCAGAGGUGCAGCUGCGGGCGUGUACGGCUGCGGCCGCGCCGUUACAGCAGCCAGCAGGCAGCAGCGGGGCCGCGGGCGCUCUGGGCGGGCGCACGCCCAGUGGCCGGCGGCGGUUGCGGCCACCUGAGGUCCAUGUCCAGUCGGCAUCAGAGCAGCAGCCAACACAACCACAGGGGCACACAGCGGGCCAUUUGCACCCCGGAGGCUAUGGUGCCAGCUAUUCCCGAGCAGGCCUGGCGGGGAGCGCCCAGGCAUACGCUGGCCCGGCAGGCACGACAGAAGGCACGGACCGCGGCGGACCUUCGACGUCAGCGGAUGGCAGCGCCAGUCGGCACGACUUCGGCGGCGCCUCCGCGGGCGCAUACUUGCCGACUGACGGAGCCGAGAACGGCUCACGGAAGGUCAGGAUCCGUGUGGCCGGCGGCAGCGCCGCGUCUGCUGCCUGGGGCACUGCUGGCCUCGUCAGCACGGCGGCCCGGCGCAUAGCUGCGCCGGUGGUGCCCACCGCCGCCUCCGCACAGCUUGGCGUGCUGCCCAGCAGCGGCACCAGCAGCGUUCAGCAGACGCCACCCGGCGGGCCGGCGCGCUUCAGCGACCCGGGGCUCACGACCUCGCGCCUGUUCGGUCGCAGCGAUGACGGCACGGCCGGCACUGCAGCGCCGGCAGCCUACUUGUCCGCAGUCGGAACCGCGGCGGCGCCAGCUGCUGGCAAGCUGGUCGGAAAGCGAGCCAGCGACUCCGCCGCAGCGUAUCCCACCUUCAGCUACCCGAGGCAGCAGCUGCACUCGGCGGCUGGUGCAGCCGAUCGCGAGCCGGUAUCCGCGGCUGACGGUGGAUUGCUGCUGUUGGGAUUGGGAAGCCCCGCUGCCCGGUCUGCGGCACAACAGCAGGCAGGCAACGGCGGCGCCAGCAACAGGUGGCGGCCGUACUCCCUCAGCAACACCCCACUAGUCUCGGGCAGCCGCACAGCACCGCUGAUUGCGGCCGCGACAUGGCAGCUGCAGUCGCAGCAGCAGUCCGCGCAAGCACGUGAGCAGCAGCAGCAGCAGCAGCUGCAGCACUCGCCGUGGCAGCUUCACUCCGUGGCACAGCAGCAGCCGUGCAGCAGCGGUGCGGCUGACGCGGUGGCCGCCGUGCCGCCGUUUAUUACGCGCGCCAGUUGCAGCAGCGCUGUGGUCAGCGGCAGCAACGGAGUGCUCAUGGCGUCGCCACCGCCGUACUUUCGGAGCGGCAGUAGCGGCCGGCUCGGAAUGUCGGGACUGCUGGUCAUGCUGGACGCCUAUCAGCCCAGCGGCACAGCCGCGCCCGCCGACAACCCGGAGGCCAUGCUCGAAGCCUAUCGAGACGCGGCCUGGCUAAACCCACCUGCUGCUGGCACGCACGCUGCAGCAACUGGUGCUGCGGCUGCAGGGGCUGCGGAGCGCCCCGUGGGCGGAGCGACGCAGCAGCCACAUGUCGGCACGCAGCUGGAGCUGCUGGCAGGCGCUCGUGCAGCCGGCUUCGGCCCACCGCUGCAGCUCUCGCCGCAGCCGGCAGCCAGCAGCGGCACGUGGCAGCGGCACGGCACACCGCACCAGCAGCAACAACAGCAGGAACCCUUAAGCUUGCAGCAGCGCCAGCACCAGCAGCAAGAACAGCAUACAAUGCACAUAUACCAUGACGGUGACCCUCAACCAACAUGGCUGGCUACUCAGCCUUCGCAUGCUCAGCAGCAACACACAACCAGCGCUCCCAGCCUAAUCGCCAUGAUUGGGUCUGUAGAGCCGGCCCCGUCCUACCUGCAAGGCGGCGGCACCCAUGCACAGCGUCAUCGACCGCUGCAGCAGCAGCCGCAAGAUCAGCUGCCUCCGCCGAUGCUUUCUCACCCACAGAAUCAGCCGGACCGGCAGCAGCAAUGGACGGGCGGGACCGCCGUAGCACUCCACGGCAGCGGCGCUGCUGCCACCGACCAGCUUCACAGCGGCAGCCUCGUCAGCGUCACCGGCAGCGGCGCCAUUGCCACCUGGGCCCGCAGCAGCCUCGAGUACUUGGAGGCAGGCAGCGCCAGCAGCGCCAGCUUGCUGGCAGGUGUAAUGGGCGGCGGCGGCAGCCCCAGAUCCGGCAACUACGCCUCCUACCUGACAACGGAUUCCGAGCCGCCACGGGGUGUGCCCGGUGGCGGCGGCUUUUCAUCGGCCGUUGGGCGUGUCGGCAUGCGUAGUACCAGCGGUAGUGGCCAGAAUCAUGUGCAACCCCAUGUCAUGGCAAGCUGCGGGGCCACGGCCAUGUUCGCGGCCGGUGGCAGUGUCUUUUCCGGAGGUGCCACCGCUACUGGCGCCGUGAGGCGCGAAUCAGGGUUCGGGAAUCCAGCUGCUCCGCAGCCCCUGUCGCUGCGGCGCUGCAGCACUCAGCCCUCGCCGCCGGAGGUGUUUCCGGCUGCGGCAGCUGCCGUGAGGUCCCUGCUGCAGACGUCAGUCGCCUCUGCCCCGGCGUCUGCAGCGUUCGGGCAUGCUCCUGCGGGGGGCAGCGGCAGCGCCGUGCAUCAAUCGUCAAUGGCCUCGCUAUGUGAGGACCCCGCUUCAGCUGUCACGCAGCAGCCUAGCCAGCCAACGCCCAAUGUUGGCAUUACGGCCGCCGGGGACCUGGGUAUGGGCAGCGGCGGCCCGCGUGCGGCCGUCGCAGUGCUUGUUGCCUCUGCUGGUGCUGCAGAGACCUGCUGCCGUCUGCACCAGCCGUCACCUCGGGCGCACACCAUCGCUGAGCAUGCGACGGCGCCGGAGCUCGGCACAAACGGAAUGGACGUAUGGACAGGACGCGCAACAAGCGAAGACAUGGAGUAUGGCAACGGAGGCGCGACACGUGGCAGUCACGGAGCCCGCGCCGCUACACCACAGCUGCUGCGCGCCUCAGCUGCAGGUGACGCCGAUGUUGAUGGCCAGCAGGGCGCAGCAGGCGGUGAGGCGUGGGUGCGCGCCGGGGGCAGUGAGGUUGCCUUUGCUGACCAGCCCGGGUGGGCAGAGCUUUGCGGGGACCUGUCCCGGUUCGCCGGCGGCAUGGAUGGUGGCGGCCGCGACGGCAGCAAUUGCGACAUUGUUAUGCACGACUCCGCUUGUGGCGGCGAAGGCUAGUUGUGGGAUUUCGACGUUUUGCGGCGGAUGUGUGAUUUCUGUGCCGGCAUUCAGCACUACUGCUUUCUGAUGACCGGACAUACGUUGGGAGUGCCUCGCGUCACAUAAUGGUCAGAAGUCGGUUUGCCUGGCUCUGGUGGCCUCGGCCAGCGUACAGAACUUCAAAGCUGUGUGCGGGGUUCAGGCGAAGGUUGCUACCUGCAAGAGGCUUGCGGCAACAGACCUUGCAUGUAUGGGCACAUAGCUGUGUUUGUGUGCCAUCGCAUCAACCUAACGCACAGUUUCAGAAUAUAUGCCCGUAUGCACGGUGAAACCGACGCGGAAGUUGGUGGUUGCAAGGGACUCUGGUUCACCAUAAUAAUGAUGGGCGUAUCCUUUAUGUGGAUCAACAAGGCAAGGCCUAUUGUGUGGACUCCCUUCGGAGCAGCGUGCAUGCAGUUGCAUGUGCGUACCGGAUGUUCUUCAAGCAGUCUAUAUGGCGCGUAUGCGUGCACAAGUUGCUUGUGCGUGGAGCAAACGCAUGACAACGUCCCACAUGUCACUCAAUUCAAAAGGAGAUAGUACGGUAUCGGGUGGCGGGAGUGGAGGCUGUAUUGCUAUAAGAUUUAGUGCACUGCUGACAGGCUUUCCGCUCCUUUCUGGGCGGUCACCCGGCCAUAAUACCUGUGACAGGGCCGGCGGGCUCCGCAGGAAUGGAAGCGCAACCGUGGGACUGCUAUUGAGUUGCAGAGCGCUGACACUUGACAGAGCGCAUAGUCGGCACGGUGUGUGCGCGCUGAGCUGCAGCACACGCUAGUCUGUGUGCGUGUGCGGGGUGGACCUAAAUGUUGUACGGAAGCUAUGGCUGCAUCAUAAGAAGCGUGGGCUGCGCGUGUACCGCCGUGCUUGAUGUACACCCCUUGACACAUUCACAGUAUUGCUGCCUCGAGGAUCGAGCGAGGAUCGAGAAUGCAGAGUGACAAGAAAUCAUUACGUGUGCUUGCCUGGAGGGCUUGUGGAUCAUAUUGAUGCGAGCUAUCAUGUUAUGUGUACGGCAGGAAACAUGGCAUAACAACAUCGUUAACAUUUUGGGGCUGUAUCACGUGCUAGCAUUCUUCUUGGUUUUUCGGGGAUGGUGCCACCAGGAACGGUGCGGGCUCCGGGAAUAGCUUCGUCUGUGCAGGGUUGUGGCGCACUCCAUUGGGCAGGGCACGUGGCUGAGUGGGGGCAAAGUGAGACUGCACCAGUAUGGGUUUUACGUUGCAGCCUCCAUGUGAAUUGCGCAGAUUGCACGGGCAGACCUUAAGAGCCUGGCGCAUUCCCAAGUGCGUGUUGAUUGUCGCAAUGGUUGAGGUGCAGGUGUGGGCGGGUGCAGGGUUGGGCGGGUGCAGGUGCAGGUUUGGGCGGGUGCAGGUUUGCGCGGGGGCGGGGGCGGGGGCAGGUUUGGGCGGGGCCAGAUGAUGCUGAUGACGCAUGCAACCAUGUGUUUGCAAUCAGGAUUCUAAGGGACACGCGACCGCCAACAUGCCGACAUGCCCGUGUGCAUCCAUAAUGCUUUAAGCAGGGAGCUGGGCUCCGGAAUUUUGUUAGCGCCCUUGCUGGCCGCUAAUUUGGUUGAACGAGUGGAGGGGUCAGUGGUGGGCUCACCGCAUUGCUCUCAGUGGGUGCAGCUUCCCAGACUAAAUAAACCGCUUACUGAGGGGAUGUUGGACUGUUGGUCGAGGAGACGGAGGAAGCAUCGCAAGAUGUGUGUGCGGGUUCCAGACUUCCGCAGGCUAGAGCGUUCAGCCCUCAGGCGUCAAGCUCUGGCGCUCGUCUUAAAUGUGCAUAGCUAGCAAUCGACAGCACGCUGCACUUGUGGGGCCAUGCAGGGACAGGUGGAGGCCAGGACUCUUUUGAUAUGUGGGUGCAUGCGGGUCCGUGCUUUGCUGGAGUCGCCCCGUUUCUUGGCUGAAACCAUACAUCGGACAGUACUUGCCUUACCACUGUCCCAUCGCACACCAUACAUCGGACAGUAUAUUUACAAGGGGUUGGUAUUUUUUACAGGGUGGUUCGCGGCCCCUCCGCUGGGCCGUGUGCGCCCUUUGUUUGGCGGCGGACGAGGACUGUGUACCUUGUGUCUAGCCGACUACUACUUGCCGAACGUUUGCCUUUCUUGGUUGAUCCCAAGAUACGGUAGAGGGCAGUGCCGUAAACCCGUAACGGUAUACGGAGUGGUAGCCUGUGGUAACAUUGCAACGGAUUUUUAGCGAAUAGAGGUUACAUGUGGGAUGACAGCCGCGGGCAAGCCAGGGCUUCAUAAACGCACGAGACACGUACGCACACUCGAGGAGAACCUCGAAUGACCCCCAUGCUCCUCGCCUCACUAAAGGAGGCCACUCAUCUACACAUGCUGUUCCAAAGUGUGCCUCCUGGCGUGUUUUUGGGGUCUGGCAUGCGCCCCAGCCCGCCUUCAAGGCGGGAACCAAGUGUAACAGACUCUUUGC